AUGUCAAAGCCCCCACCAACUCAUCCUCCGCAACCUCACUCCCACCAACCCUCUCACUUCCCUCUUCAUCAACCAUCCUAUGCCUAUCCCACCUCCGCACCUUACCCAUCCUUCCCACCGCCGUCCUCCUCCUCGGCCUCCUACCACACCUCCCACACUUUGCUUGCACAAUCCCACCCCCUUCCCUCCUCUGUACAGAAACUUUCCCCCACCAUUCCGACCUCUACGCGCCAAACAUCUGCGCCUCACCUCCAGUCCCAACCGCAACCGGUAGCGCUUCCGCCCAACCCGACAAGACAAGUGCCUGCCGCGCGUCACAGAAACCUCACGCAGCAGCAAUCUUUCUCCCCUGCUUUUAAUUCCUCCGCUCUGAACGCUCCGGUAUCUUCAUCUGCUCAGCAUGUGUACGCAUCGCCUCCGACGUCCCUUCUCUCUCGCAAUGUAACCCCCGGUCACCCGCAACCCGCAUUAUCCAAGUCGAUAUCCUCCCACGAUCCUUCCUCUGCUGGUCUGCAACACUCGCCUGUCUUGAAUCGACAAGCCGCUGCGCAGCAACCGCCGCAGCAAAAUGUUUUUCGAAACGAUAAUUUUUUUUCAACUCUGCCUCAGCGACAGAAAAAUUUAGCGUCGCGUCAGCCGCAGCAACCAUCACCGCAGCAACAACAACAUCUCCAGACUCAGCCGCCCCAACAUCCGUCGCACAAUGCAGACAUCAAAGUAUCGAAUCGGAAUUUGCCUUUCCCGGUUGACAGACUCUCGCCGCACGCUGAGCCCUUUCAGAAUAGCAAAUCGCUUCCGUUUCCCAUAUCUCACCAUCCGCUCCCAACGUCUCCUGCGGGGCUCUCUCCGUCAAACACGCGUCCACCAAAUCCUGGACCAUCAUCUACCGCACUUCCGGUACUCUCGCAACGGUCGACCUUACCUCCGACUCUCGCUGCGGCUUCGAAUGUCACUCAGAGCCACCCCAGUACUCGAGGUUUGCUUUAUGAUAUUUCCAAAUUGCAUGCCGCCCAGUGCACCAUCAUCGGAGGCAAAGUUUACAACGACAAAGGACAUAGCAUAUGCGGCGUUUUGAAUCAGCACGAUAAACCAUGCAAGCGAAUUGGAAAAUGCCCCUUCCACGGUGUCUCUCAACCUGUUUCCGCCCAGAAUUCCUGUCACGGUUAUGUCGACGAGUUGGGCACAGCACCAGCACCCGCCAACGACGAUAACGGCCUGCCUGGUAGUGGAAAUGCUUCCGGUGACCCAAACGGUACAGGGGUGAGCGUUACGUCCAACCCCGAUACUGGGCCCAAGGGAAUUCCCAAGAAGCAGCAGUAUAAACAUGGCUGGUCGAAAGAGGAGCAUUACCUUUUCUUGCGUGGGCUUCAGAUGCACGACAGAGGCUCAUGGAAGCAAAUCUCCAACGUCGUCCAGUCCAGAAACGCCACCCAAGUUCAGUCACAUGCCCAAAAGUACUUCCUUCGACAAAAGCAAAACAACAAGAACAAAAGGUCCAUUCAUGACCUUACUAUGGAUUCCCCCGAGAUGCAGGAAUUGGAGAAGCGUUACCGAAAUGGAGACUUUAGGAGCGUGGUUCCUCCAGUAGGACUGUCGGAGGGCUUGUACGACCCCUCUACUGGCGAUGGGGGCGCUGGGAGGGUUCGAGAUGAUCAUGCAGCGGGUCUCGGUCAAGGGAUAUCCGGAGCGAAUCAAGGCAUCACAGCUUUUGCGCAAAGUAACACCGUUGGCCAUAACAUGAUGGCUGACGGAAACCUGCCCCGAUUUGGGCAGGCGGGCGGCGUCGCUAUGCCUAGGCUCGGUCAGGGACAACCGGUAAGCGCGACGACACUUGGGUCGUCGGUUAGUUCUGGAGUCCACAUACCCCAACUUCAAGGUGGGCACCAAGCUAGAGGGGCGUUCCAGGGCACUGCCGGUUUCAUGCAAACACACGACCUGCUGGGCCACACUGGCAAUGCUGCGCAAAAGAAGUUCAACAACAUGAAAACAAUGCGACCCAGGUCUGACAUUCCACAGGGGAGGGAUGCCUUUCAUUCCGGGUCGCGACCUAAUUUCGGACAGGAAGUGUAUCAGUCGACAUUGACUCCAACGCAGUCGGGGAUCAAUUCAAUGAUGACAGUUGGACAUGGUUUCUCGCCGAAGACUGAACAGAAAACGCUCGACCCCGCGCUUCUCCAGCCCGGAAUUGACCGCAGUGGUGAAACGCAGAACGACCACGGACCGAAUCAGCAAAUGUACACGCAGAACGGAUUUCCAGGUCUAUACGGGCAGUCUGGCGGAAACAAUUUAUUCCACCAGGGACAGUCUCGACCCAGUGGCGAGAACCAGCUCGCAUGGCCGUAUGACAGCGAUGGGAAGAGCAGGAGACCGCGGGAAAUGGGUGGGCGAGAGUCAAUUAGCUUUCAGAACUCGUUCGGUGGGAUGGCUAGUGAUGGGUUUGGGCAGGUCAGCAAUAUCCCUGUCAUGUCGAGCGACAAUCAUGUCGUGACGGGCUUCGAAGGCCCAGGGAAUCAUGGGGCAUCCUUCCAGACUGCCCUCUUUGGCAGCCCCGACGCUGUGGAAGUGGGCGACAAUCCAAACUCAUACAGUAUCAAUGGUCAGCCACAGGCAGGGGUAUCGAUAAAUGGGUUUGCGGCCCCCGCCGGAUUGCAAUUAAAUGGCCUCUCCGUUCGUGGUCAAGGCAACGUGCCCAAUACUUUCGUAAGGAACUAGAGUUUCGCGAAUCGCAUCACGGUCAAUGUCUUGAAAACAUGCAAAUACGAGUCGCGCCGUGUUUCUUGUCUGAAGGAAGGUGGCGGGAAGCUUUCCCUCCGUCUAAUAUCGUCUGGCGAGACGGGCAAUUGGCUGUCGUCGAUCGAGGUGAGCUCCAAUGGUCGCCGAUGCCCCUGGCUUUGUAGUAAAAUGGCGAGCACAUGUCGGUGCUCAUUGUAACAAUGUUACAGAUGGAGUGGCCAUAUGGGGUUACGAGAGCAAUAGACUGACGCAAAUGUCUAGGUGCUCUUGUGCAAAGAAGGGAAGCUUGCGUGCAACAUUAUCCCGUACUCUAAUUCGACUACACAGGCUGCGUUGUCCAUAACAGAAGGGAGAUGUUCCGUGUCAUUGCCGAUGCACGGAAGACCGUUCUCUCGCAGCCUGUUUCCUAUCGAAAUUUUUUCAAAUUGACUUUCAACGUCGCACAGGUG